AUGGUAUACCACAAGGUCCAACAAUCCUUUAGAGCCAUCGAUAUGUCAAGCAAUAAGUUUGUUGGAGAGAUUCCAGAAUCUGUUGGAGAUCUAAGAGGGCUUCAUAUGCUUAAUAUUUCCAAUAAUAUUCUCACUGGACACAUUCCACCAUCUCUAGGGAAUCUUACAAGGCUAGAAUCAUUAGACCUUUCUCAAAAUAAGCUUUCAGGGGAGAUUUCACAACAAUUAACACAACUUACUUUUCUUGAAUGGUUCAAUGUUUCUCAUAACAAUCUCACUGGCUCUAUACCACAUGGGAAACAAUUUGACACAUUUGAAAAUAGUUCGUUUCAAGGAAAUUUAGGCUUGUGUGGGAAUCCAUUAUCAAAGAAAUGUUGGAAUUUUGAUUCUUCACCACCUUCACCUUCAAUUUCUGAACAAAGUCAGGACUCAUCUGGGUUUCUCUUUGAUUUUGGUUGGAAAAUAGUUCUUGUUGGGUAUGGAUUUGGACUUAUCAACGGAGUGAUAAUUGGCAAUAUUGUGGUAACAAAAAAACAGGAUUGGUUCAUGAAGACCUUUGGAAUGAAGCAAUGGAGACGAAGGAACAUGAGAAGGGAACCUAGAAACUGA